AUGUUUCAAUUGAGGUCUGGACCUCCCACAAAUAGAGGGGCUUCAGAAUUUGGCACCCCAAACGCAUUUUCGCAUAGGAAUAAUCAAGUUCCGCAAUAUUCACAGAGGGCGAAUCCAUUGAUGUGCUGUAACCCUCCUCAAAUUAACAGUAUGCCCAUAAAUCAGGCACCUCCUAGUAGAAUGAUAAGUGCAGCUGGCCUAAAUGUGCAAUCUGUAAAUGCUCCUUCAAGGCUAGUUACAGGUGCCAGUAUUACUCCAGCUGCAAUCGUCGCCGCACCUGAGAGGCAGGUCACUGAGCCGCUGCAACACAAGCAAACCUUUAUUUACGGAGGAUCUGAAACUAUGGAGCCAGAGGACUGUGGGUGGCUGGAACCAAUUAGGUUAAAGGUUCAUGCAAUGGAAGUUCAACAAUAUAUUAAUCCAAGCAACCCAGAUAUUACACCACCUUUCAUUUAUAAUGUUGAUCAUUUAAUGGAAUGUGUAGAAAUACCAGAAAAUUGGGCCCCAGAGUCAGUCACAGGGGUUGCUGCUUUGACAUUUGAGAACCUAAAUACGAAUCCCCCAAUAAUACAACACCCUUUGAGGCUUGAAUCUGAUGGCUCAAGAAAUGGAACAAACAAUCCAUACAUACAGCCUAUCAAAUAUCAUGUGGAAAGAAUUAAGGAUAAGCCAGAAAAGUUAGAAAAAAUCAUCGAAUCGGAUUCAAACGACUCGUCUUCAGAAGAUAAGAAAGUUACAGAAACUAAUAACUCUAAUACAAGUUUCUUCUCUGCAAUUUUUAGCAAAAUUAAGAAUGGAGUGAAGUUAGCUUCUGAUAAACAAACUAUAAUUGAAAGUAAGGAGGAGAACUUUGAGAACAAUGAUUUGGAAGUAGAUAAUGUUGAAGUUGAAACCUUGGAUGAGAAAAAAGAUUCUAAUUUAGAACAGAAUCAAUUCUAA